AAAUCAUUUUUUGAUCACCACAAAAUGGACAGAGCUAGGGGCUCUAAUCUGCAGAACAACAACAGUAAGCAGAUUGAAGAACAAAGAAUUCAAUCCACAGCCAUUGUCAAGGUACAAGAACCGAGCAUCAAGAUUGAGCCAACAGUUGGUGGACAGUUGCUCAGGAAGCUCUUUCAAAUCAUCUUCUACAUCCAAUUGUUCUUACUCUCCAUCUUGAUAAUCGCCUUAACAAUCCGUGGCCUUAUCUACGCCGCCGGCGGUACCGAUCGUUUUGACCCGAAGCAAUGGUACCCUCCACUUCUUGUUUCGAUAGCUUCAGGUGGGAUUGUUUCUUUUGUAUGGCAAUCAAUCGCCUUCCACUAUCCAUCAAAUUCCAUUAAAUCUGCCUUCUGGUUGACUCCCUUGCUAACGUGUGCACUCGGUGUGCUCCAUAUAUUGAUCGGUUCUUCGUUGAGUUUAGCCGCCGGUACGAUUGCGAUCGUUUCGGGUGUGAUCCAAUCCCUCUAUGCUUGUUGGGUGAACUCCAGAUUUGACUAUGCGUCCAAGAUCCUUGAAGUUUCCACAUCGGUUCCACCUGAUAAAACCACUGCGUUUGUAAUUGUAUCCACCAUAACCUGUUUAGCCUACUCCUCGUUCUCGGUAGCCGGAAUCGGAGGAGCAACCGCCACCGGGACCGACUUAGACGUCCUGUUCAUUGUACUCAUCCUGCUCAGCUUCACAUGGAGUAUGCAAGUGAUAAAGAACAUGCUGUAUGUCACAAUCUCACGAGUCAGAUACAUGACUUUCGCUUGUGGAGUCGAUACCGACACUCGGUCGGCUUUCCGCGACACGCUCAAGCAUUUAGUGGGAAGUGUAUGCAUAGGCUCGGCCUUUGUUCCGGUUAUCGGAACAAUCCGUGGUUCGGCCCGAGCCGUGAACUUGGUUGCAGGGGACAAUGACGAGUUUCUGUUCUCAUGUGCCGAUUGUUACUCAGGAUUUGCCUCAACUCUCAUAACAUAUGGGAAUCGUUGGGGCUUUGUUCAUGUAGGGGUUUAUAACAAAGGCUUCAUACAGGCAUCGGCCGACAUAUGGGAAAUGUUCAAAAGAGAAGAACUGAUAACAUUGAUCGACUCCGACCUCACCGGUGUGUUCUGUUUUCUCUCCGGGGUCACGGUCGGUUCAAUAAGCGGCAUUAUCGGAGGAACAUGGGAGCUCAUAAUGCACAAGAGCUAUGCUACAGAAGUGUCCAUCUAUGCUUUCUUCAUCGGCUAUUUCAUGUGUCGGAUAGCAUUGGCCUGGCAACAAGCGAGUGUUUCGGCAUACUACGUUGCUUACGCCGAGAACCCUCAGAGCGCUCGAUUCGACGCAACGAUCCCUGUUCGCCUCGAACAGCUUCAUAGGUUUAAAGUUUAACUGUCCAUAGGGUACAAUGUUUACAAUUUUGGGGGAGCAACAAAAUUACAAUUCUUAUCUGUAAAUACCGUACAUUACUUUUAGUUCUUUUUUAAAAGAAGAAGUGGAAUAUAUGCUCAUUAUAGACAAAAGGAAAGCAUUGUUCUGCCA